UCCCAAAGACUUCCGGUGCGGGUGGACGUCGCCGGCGGUCCUUCCUACGUAAACUCCGGGCGGGGCGUGCGGGAGCCUGGGCGGUGAGCUGUGUUAAAUUUUAGGCGGAGACUGUUCAAUGAAGAAAGACCUGAGAAAGGAUCAGGACAGGCAGGAGAUAGUUAACUGAAAGGAAUCUGCCCCACUGCUUCAACCAAACCAGAUGCCUUCUUCGACUUCAGCAGACCAAGGAGAUGACCCGGAGGCCUGUCUUUUAAGAUUUUCAGACUUGGAUUUGAAAGACACAAGUAUUAUCAAUCCCAGUAGCAGUCUUAAAGCAGAGCUAGAUGUCAAUACAAAGAAGAAAUAUUCAUUUGCAAAGAAAAAGGCAUUUGCCCUUUUUGUCAAAACCAAAGAAGUUCCAGCACCGUCUUAUAAAUGCAAAGAAAUAUGGUGGAAAUGCUGUCAGCAGCUGUUCACGGGCCCCACUGGCAUCCACAGACACGUGGCGGCACAGCACGCUGAUGAGGUUUGGCACCAGACUGCUUCUGUUUUGAAGCAGCUCGCUGUGGCAUCAAGCACCUCAAAGAGCCUUAAGUCUGCCGACAAAAGGAACCCACCGAAAGAGUGCCUUACUCGAAACCAUGACGUGUCUGCUUGGCUCCCUGACAUUAGUUGCUUUAGCCCUGAAGAGCUGAUAAGUGGUGAGGGCAGUGAUGAAGGAGAGGUGUUACUUUAUUACUGCUAUCGUGACUUGGAGGAUCCCCAUUGGAUCUGUGCCUGGCAGACAGCUCUGUGUCAGCACCUGCACCUCACAGGCAAGGUGCGAAUUGCUACAGAAGGAAUCAACGGGACAGUGGGUGGAAGCAAAUUGGCCACCAGACUCUAUGUGGAAGUCAUGCUUUCCUGCCCAUUGUUUAAGGAUUAUCUGUGUGAGGAUGAUUUUAAGACCAGCAAAGGAGGAGCUUGCUGUUUCCCAGAGUUGCGUGUUGGUGUAUUUGAAGAAAUUGUGCCUAUGGGGAUCAGUCCCAGUAAGAUCUCCUACAAGAAGCCUGGAAUCCAUUUGUCCCCAGGUGAAUUUCAUAAAGAAGUAGAAAAGUUUUUGUCUCAGGCAAAUCAAGAACAAAGUGAUACUAUCCUCCUGGACUGCAGAAACUUCUAUGAAAGCAAAAUAGGACGCUUCCAGGGCUGCUUAGCCCCAGACAUCAGGAAAUUCAGUUACUUCCCUAGCUACGUUGACAGAAAUCUAGAACUUUUCAGAGAGAAGAGGGUACUGAUGUAUUGCACUGGGGGCAUCCGUUGUGAGCGGGGUUCCGCUUACCUCAAAGCCAAGGGAGUGUGCAAGGAAGUGUUCCAGCUCAAGGGUGGCAUCCACAAGUACCUGGAGGAGUUUCCUGACGGUUUUUACAAAGGGAAAUUGUUUGUUUUCGAUGAGCGUUAUGCUUUGUCCUACAACAGUGACAUAGUGUCAGAAUGUUCAUACUGUGGAGCCCCAUGGGACCAGUAUAAACUCUGCUCCACUCCCCAGUGCCGCCAGCUUGUCUUGACCUGCCCCGCCUGUCAAGAACAAGGACUAACAGCCUGUUGUGUCACAUGUCAAGACAAAGGGAGCAGGCCGGCUUCAAGCCCUGCCCAGCACAGCUUUAAAGAGGAAUGUGACUGUACAGCCCGACGGCCACGCAUACCCAGUGAGCUUUCACAGCAGGCGCCACCUGCCCUGAGCCCGGAGCCAAGACCUGAUGUUGCUGAGGAUGGGCCCUGCUUGUGUGAGCGGCACCAGCAACAUUCCCCUGAGGCUUCACAAAGCUAGGUUUGAGGCAGCCAUGUAUUCGGAAAUAGCCAGGCUGCAGCAACAGAGAAAUGGGGAACUUGGGUGCUGGCCAAUGACACCAUGGCACACUGGUCACCUAUUGGCCACUUAUCCUAUAUAAUAAAAGCCUAAUAUGCUAAGUGUCUGGUGGUCCGGGCGGCUGUUCAACCAAUCAAAGCAUAAUAUGCUAAUGAUCUGCUAAGUCUGCUCAACCACUCGCUAUGACGUGCACUGACCACAAGGAGGCAGACAUUCUGACCGGUAGGUUAGCUUGCUGCUGGAGUCUGGUCAAUGGGGACUGAGUGAGAUGGGCUGGACAUGCCGUGGAGCCCUCCCACAGUCCCUCCCUGGCUGGCCAACCUCUGCGUCCCUCACCAGCCCCGAUUGUGCACCGGUGGGGUCCCUUGGCCUGGCCUGUGCCCUAUUGCAAUCCAGGACCCCUCAGGGGAUGUUGGAGAGCUGGUUUUGGCCUGAUCCUACAGGCCAGGCCGAGGGACCCCACUGGUGCACGAAUUCGUGCACCGGGCCUCCAGUACUUCAUAAGAGGAGAGAAGAGGGAGUUGGUGCUGACCACUUACCUGAGACAUUCUGACUCAGAAGAUGCUAGAGCACAGAAAAAGGUGAGCUGUGGGAUCCCAUAGCAGCUGAGGAGUAGAGCCUUGAGCCUGGCAACCAGGUCAUGCCUUUUCUGUGCCAGGUGUCAGAGCUGGUAGCAGUCAUUUUUCUUGUCAUCAUACCUGUCUGUCCUGAUGGUAAAAGUGUGAAAGCUGUGACCCUGGAAGUAGACUCCUUGGAACAAAUCCCGUUAGUCACCUGCCAUCCACCCCAACCCUCACCUCAUCUCUGUUAGCCUGCACUAGACCAGGAUCCGUAAACUACAGCAUUUGGCCCACCUCUUGCUUUUGUAAAUAAAAUUUCAUUGGAAUAACCACACCCAUUGUUGUUGUUUUUUACAUAUGAUUUAAGACAGAAUUAAGUAUUUACAGCAGAAAAGUUAUGGCCUGCAAACCUACAUUUAUUAUCUGGUCCUUUACAGAAAAAAUUGCCACCUUCUGGUCUAAACCAACAGCUCGACUGAUGGAACAGAUGGUCAUAAAGAUGUGGCUCACCUUCAUUUUUUAUUGAUUUGGUUUUUAACAGAGAUUUUCCCCUAAUAGUCUCUGUUUUCCCUAGUAUCCACCACACUUUGCUUUUAAGUAUUUUCUUUGAGAGAUUCAGAUUAGCUUGAUGACACAUAUGGGCAGUUUUUACACAAAUGCCUUGGGAUACAAGACAUUCUGAGUGAGGUCAUCCAGCACUGCCGUGGUUUCCUGGCCUUGUCGGGUGCGUGUCCCUGUCACACAGGUCCCAAGAAACACAUACGCAGUCAUUCAUAGACCAACAGAUUUAAUGUUACAUUGCAGUUUCCACUGAUGCAGAAUACAGCUGCAAUUGUGUUUCAAGGAGAAGCCGGUGGUGCCACUUCUGGGCCCAUCUGCAGCCUCGCAGACACUUCCACAGAGGGCCACCUCCGGUUACCCUCCACCGUCCGCGGCGUUACAGUUCAGUGUGCAAGACUUCCUUUCUCGUCAAAAGCCUCUCUGCCCAGUGCUCUGCAGCAGUCUGCUCGUCAGCUCUUUGGCGUGGCCUUUAUCAGGAGAUUUGUCCUAUCACUCAUGAAUGUAACUUCCCAAGCAACAGAAAUACUAGCUCGACUGGCACUGUGGUAUGUUAAAAGGCACAAGGGCAUUGUGGCUUCACUUUUUUGCUGGAUCCCAAGAAGUGCAAUGGUGUUAAAAGGAUGCGGCAGAGAUACCAAAAUUACGUUUUCAGAAUCAUCAUCUUGGGAUAGUUUGGCCAGGGUUUCCUAAUUCUUUACUAUCUGGGUCUUCCCCGUUGGCCUUCUGAGGCCUAACUGUUUAAUUAAGAUUAGCAGUGACGUGUCUAGUAAGUGCUGCCACAGGUAGUUGCAAGUCUGUCAGCAUAGACUGGAAAUUUAUCCCUCUAACAUUUGACUUCAAGUAAGCCAUUAGCCCACUGUGCAUUAUAGAAAGGUGUUUUCAAGUAUUUGGCCACAAGUUUUCAUAUCCAUCAUAAGGUUAGCAUUCGAUAAAGGAAAAAAUUCUUUCUGACUCCGGUGUUAAAAUGUAAAUAAACCCCAGAUGCCAUAAAGAACACUCAAGGAGCUGUUUGUUGCCUGGGAUUGGUAAAGACAGGAUGGUUUUUGAAACUUGGAAUUUCCUCAUAUCCAGCAAAAGGAAUCUCAUGUUCUUUGAUUCCUGGCAGAGUUCAGUGGCUUUAGUCUUUCUGUCUUGAGGGGAAAAAUUGUGUUCUUGAUCCAUCAAUCAAUUUGGCAACUUUAAUCUUGAGGUUCUUCAAUUUAAAGGAGGGUUAAUAAAAA